AUGACAGUCCUAGAUACGACAUUUGAACCCAUUCCACCAAGCCAUAAUAAUAAUAAUAAUGUAAAAGUGAUUGCUAAAGAGGACAGUAACCAUGCGUCGUCGCUAUUAGCGGAUGAAGAAGCCUCUCUUGAUCUUGUACAGAGUUUGCGUGAAUCGGAUGAUUGGGAAGAGAUAGUUGCUUAUGACCACUUGAGUGAAUCAGCCAAAUCUCAUUCUCUCACAGCUACCAGUUUAAGGCAACCUCAUCUCAUUGAACGACGACCUCUCAAAUUUUAUAAUAAAGAUAAAACCAAGUGCGUGAUGAUAGCUCAUUUGGGGCCUAAUCUAUGUGGGCAUGAUGGUAUUAUCCAUGGGGGUUUGGCGGCUACCUUGCUUGAUGAAAUGUUAGCCUAUGUGACUAUUCCUCAUCUGCCUACUCGCACAGGAUUCACAGCGAACCUGAAUGUCAACUAUCGGAAGCCUAUCGUGUCUAAUCAAUGGGUUGUCAUUCGAGGUGAAUUUGAAAGAACAGAAGGCCGAAAAGCGUGGGGAAAGGCUUGGAUUGAAACAACCGACGCUAGUCCUGUUCUUCUUACUGAAGCGACUGCACUGUACAUGGGCCCUCGCAGCAACUGA